AUGUCUUUCUACGCCCUGAGCCUCCUCAUCCUGCUCGCCCUCGCCCUCGUCUCCCUCGCCUGCGCGAUCAUCAACCUGGUGGGCGCCGCUAGCGACAACAAGUUCGCCUACAUAAUCUGGACCACUCUCUCUGCCACCCUCGUCUACGGCAUCAUUUGCGUCUGCCUCCUUGCUUUCUGGCGCAAGAUCAUCCACAAGAGGAACAUUGCAAUCCUUCAACAUGAAGCAAUGCACCACGACGACAAUGCCAGCAGCAUAGAGCUGCAAAUCCAUCAUUCCUCGUCCGCUCCCACAACCACCACCACUACUCAGACUCCUCGCCAACAAUUCCGCCGUUCUCCCAACCCGCAUCCAGGCCCCCUGUCCUCCAACCCUCCCAAUGGACCGGCCUUUAGAUCCUCAAUUAGAAUUUCUCCUCAUGCCUUCUCCCUGCCAGCUCCCCGGACCGCCUCACCCACAAUCCCCGCCAUGACCGCUCCUCGUCCCGUCCAGAUGCCAGGCCGGACCCGCGCCGCCACGCACACAGGCCACACAGCGACGCCCGAGGAAGCCCGCCGAAUCAGAGCUAACUCUCUGGUACAGAUCAGAGCCGCCACGGCAAGACGCACGACGGUAGCACUACCAGCUACAGGGUCGCCAUUGGAGAGCAUUGGCGCGGCCAAAUCACAAGAUUGA